AUGUCACCACAAAGACCGCACCUACAAGAUCAUAUCUCUUCCUUUGACCGAGUUCACACGAUGGAAGAACACCUCGCGAAAGAUCUACCGGGGAUGGAUGGCAGUCCACAGGAUCAGGAUGAUAUGACACCGUUGAGCUUUUCAGCAGUUCUCCAAGCUACCUGGGAGUUUAUACUUAUCUCAAACACACAAGGUCUCGAAAAUGGUGGUCUCGCUGGUGUAUUUUGGUCCUAUAUGUGGACUUUCAUUGGGUUCGGCUUCAUCAUUGUUUCGCUAGCUGAAAUGGCUUCGAUGGCACCCACGUCAGGCGGCCAAUACCAUUGGGUAUCGGAGUUUUCAUCGCCCCGUUACCAGAAAUUUCUGAGUUACACCACUGGAUGGAUGUCCGUACUUGCCUGGCAAGCUGGGGCUGCAUCUGGCUCAUUCCUGACGGGAACUAUCAUCCAAGGUCUCAUCGCCCUCCGUGACCCGAGCUACGAACCGCAAAAUUGGCAUGGAACCUUGUUUGUGUUCGCGAUGAUAGCUGUGAUUUACUUUUUUAAUGUCUAUGCCGCAAGCUGGAUGCCCCGAAUCCAGAAUCUCCUUCUCGCACUGCACUUGUUAUGCUGGGUCAUCAUUGUGGUUGUCUUGUUCGCCAUGGCACAACUCCGCCAAAACCGUCUUCACCUCGUUCCACAAUGGCGGUAA